CUGUAAAGACGCCGGCGGACUUUCUGAAAUCCAUCCGGGGACGCCCCGUCGUCGUCAAGCUCAACUCCGGCGUCGACUACAGAGGUAUUCUAGCUUGUUUGGAUGGCUAUAUGAAUAUUGCAAUGGAACAAACAGAAGAAUAUGUCAACGGUCAACUUAAGAACAAAUAUGGGGAUGCUUUUAUCAGAGGAAAUAAUGUUCUCUAUAUCAGCACCUCAAAAAGGACUCUUGCAGAAGGGGCAUGAUGGUGCUGCCCUGAAAUCUAGAUUUGUGCAUUGUAGACCCAAUCAAAAGCACGUCUGUAGCUUUAUGUGAUUUGAUAGAUGAGAGGGGCACGUGUGCUUUUUAACAUUAUGUUUAUGUUGGUCUUUAGAGCUUAAUCUCGAUGUAGUAGCAACACUUUAGGCUGCAAAUACUGUCCUGCUUCUCUACUUGAAAGCAUUAUUGUAUGCAAGACUUACAUAUCCUGCUGCUUUUGGGCUUUUAGGAAUAUUGAAGCAUGAAAAUCUUUGUUAGUUUUGAUCAGACCGCUACCCUAUUUUUUUAGCAAUGUCACCCUUUUUUUUUUUCCUA